AUGCGCAGUGGGCGUUCCAGCGCCACCACCCAUCAGCUGAGAAUCGUAGCUGGGGGCUCAGGGGCCCUUGGGUCCCCGCCGCCAAAGAAGGAGAAGGAAGCCGAGGAGGUCGGGGUAACUGCUGAGAAAACUGCACUGCUCACCAACAGCUGAUGAAAUUAUCGAACAAGCGAAUCAACCAUGUCUUACACUCCAGGAGUUGGUGGUGACCCCGCCCAGUUAGCCCAGCGUAUCUCUUCCAACAUCCAGAAGAUCACGCAAUGCUCUGCGGAAAUACAGAGGACUCUGAAUCAACUUGGAACACCUCAAGAUUCACCUGAAUUGAGGCAACAGCUCCAGCAGAAGCAGCAGUAUACGAACCAACUUGCCAAAGAAACAGAUAAGUACAUUAAAGAGUUUGGAUCUCUGCCCACCACCCCCAGUGACCAGCGUCAAAGGAAAAUACAGAAGGAUCGCUUAGUGGCUGAAUUCACAACAUCGCUGACAAACUUUCAGAAGGUGCAGAGGCAGGCAGCUGAGAGAGAGAAAGAAUUUGUUGCUCGAGUAAGAGCCAGCUCCAGAGUAUCUGGCGGUUUUCCUGAGGAGAGCUCAAAAGAAAGGAAUCUUGUAUCCUGGGAAAGCCAAACUCAGCCUCAGGCUCAGUUGCAGGAUGAAGAAAUUACAGAGGAUGACCUGCGCCUUAUUCAGGAGAGAGAGUCUUCUAUCAGGCAACUCGAAGCUGAUAUUAUGGAUAUUAAUGAAAUAUUUAAAGAUUUGGGAAUGAUGAUUCACGAGCAAGGCGAUGUAAUAGACAGCAUAGAAGCCAACGUGGAGAAUGCCGAGGUGCACGUCCAGCAAGCAAACCAGCAGCUGUCAAGGGCGGCUGACUAUCAGGUAAUAUCAGCUGUGCUGAACUGUCCUGUAACUGAGACUUAGAUGUGUAUAAGUGUAUGUGUUUGUGUAAUCAUGUGGCUGGAGAUGUUAACAUCUAAAAUCCUAUGGAAGACAGGCCAGAAAUAUGCCAGUCCUUUAAAACUGGGUUUAGCCUGUCUGUUCUCAGGAUUAAACAAGUGUUGUGCCCACAGGAACGGGCAGUUUAGCAUUUAGAGUCUUGAGGGGAGCGGUAGACAACUCCAGUCUUUUCUGGCAGCUUCUGGUCUCCAGUGUCAUUUUCACAUUUCAGUCAGAAACCUAUUUGAUAGUGAUUUCCCUCCAUUCCUCGCUGUUCCUUUCUGCCUUUCUUUUUGGUCUGUGAUACUUUGGACUGAAGAGGCUAAGAUCCUUGUCCCAGAAAGAUGUCUCAGGUCCUGUGAAAAUUUUAUUAGCUUGGAGGGUCCUUGACCAAUGGGUAUUGGGUCAGCAUUCAGCAUACCCUUCACCAGCAAUCACAUGAUCCCUAAAGUGAAUCAGGUUACUAUAGGAAAUCCAUACAUAUGAGCCAAAUAUAAAUAUAUACAGAAGACUACAAAUAUUAGUACCAUGAACUAUAUCAUUUAGUAUGUAAAUCUUUGAUGUUUAACAGAGAUAAGUUCUCUUUGGGAACCCCUAAAUACCACCCUAUUUUAUUUCCCUUUUAAAGCUUCGUUAUUUGUUGAUGUAGUUGUUCAUUAUUAUUUUCUCAGAAAUUGUCACCUUCCUCUAAAAUUUCUAGACCUGUUCAAUCGCUUUUCAGUUUUCUCGCUGAUUUUAGACAUUCCCUUUAGUUUUAGUACAGUUUUUCACUGGACGAAUCAGUACACAUUCUGUCGCAUGUCAGGAACAAUGAAGCUGGGUAGAGGAUGCUGAGUUAUACCACUGGUUGUGCUCACCAGCAGAGUAACUCUUGUUUACUGUCUUCAUGCAUGAGAUUCAGACAUGCAGCUCAGCAGAGUUAAUGUCACCACAUCGUAGACUGAGGUAUCAUUCAUGAAUAGUUGAACACA